AAUACCCUUUGCCUUGUCAUUCUUUCAAUCUGAAUCCCCACCGUCUCCUUCGGAUUUUUUGACUUACCAAAACAUAAUUAGUUACCAAAACCCUAGCAGGCCCAACCCCCAAAGCAAAAUCGGCGUCCCCAUCGCCGGUCUCGACGCCGACGGCCGCUUCCUCUCACCGUCGACAAGGCCCAGUGGACAGCUAUGGCAGAUAAAGACGAAGAGUUGGCAAUGCCAAGGGAUGCAAGGAUUGUGAAGACUUUGUUGAAAUCGAUGGGCGUGGACGACUAUGAACCUUGUGUUAUACACAAGUUUCUAGAGUUAUGGUAUCGCUAUGUUGUUGAUGUAUUAACGGAUGCCCAAGUGUAUUCAGAACAUGCAGGCAAGUCUGCAAUCGACUGUGAUGAUGUUAAGCUUGCUAUUCAAUCCAAGGUUAAUUUCAGCUUCUCGCAACCACCCCCACGAGAGGUGCUUUUGGAGUUGGCUCAAAACCGCAACAAGAUACCAUUGCCAAAGACUAUAGCUGGGCCUGGUGUUCCUCUUCCACCGGAUCAGGACACGUUAAUCAGUCCCAACUACCAGUUUGCAAUUCCAAACAAAAGGCCUGCUGAACCUUUGGAAGAAACAGAGGAUGAAGAAGCUGCCAAUCCCAACCCAACUCAGGAAGAGAAGAUAGGUAUGCAACCGAAUCCCCAUCAAAGAGUAUCAUUUCCCCUUCCCAAACGCCAAAAGGAUUAAUUUUAAGUCCCAUCUGCUACUAAUGCUUAAUGUACUCAUAUCUAAUUGUUAUACGACAGUGGUAGUAACAAAAAUCUACAAAACUUGUAGCUUGCUUGUUC